AUGCAGACCUCAAGCCACAACCAUACACCACUAAAACUCUCGCCACGGGCGUCCUCCGAAGACCGUCGCCCAACCAACCAACAAAAAUCCACAUCUUGCAACCACGGCUCCACCCACUCGAACACUCCCUCCCCAUUGACAUACGUGCAACCCAAUCAAUACUGUCCAACCCUUUGCUCAUUUCCCCCGAGCCGGCCAGACCCUUCCAGCCUCACCUUGGCCCUGGCAGCAAGCCCUCAAGACCACCUCCCUCCAGCAAUCUGA